AUGAAUAGCAUCAAUGAGAGUGUCCCCCAAGAGUUUAUCCUCUUAGGUUUCUCAGAUCGACCAUGGCUGGAGCUUCCACUCUUUGUGGUGUUCCUGAUUUCCUAUAUCUUGACCAUCCUGGGCAAUCUAGCAAUAAUUGUUGUGUCCCAUCUGGAUUCCAAGCUCCAUACCCCCAUGUAUUUUUUUCUUACCAAUCUCUCGCUCUUGGACCUUUGCUACACCACAAGUACAGUUCCACAAAUGCUGGUAAACAUAUGCAGCAUCAGGAAGGUGAUUAGUUAUGGUGGCUGUGUGGCACAACUUUUCAUUUUCCUGGCUUUGGGUUCCACUGAAUGUCUCCUCCUGGCUGUCAUGUCCUUUGAUAGGUUUGUAGCUAUUUGUCGGCCUCUCCGCUACUCCAUCAUCAUGCACCAAAGGCUCUGCCUCCAGCUGGCAGCUAUAUCCUGGGUUAGUGGCUUCAGCAACUCAGUAUUACAGUCCACCUUGACCCUGCAGAUGCCACUCUGUGGCCACAAAGAAGUGGAUCACUUCUUCUGUGAAGUCCCUGCUCUGCUCAAGUUGUCAUGUGUAGACACAACAGCAAAUGAAGCUGAACUAUUCUUUAUCAGUGUGCUAUUCCUUCUAAUACCUGUGACACUCAUUCUGAUAUCCUAUGCUUUUAUUGUCCAAGCAGUGUUGAGAAUACAAUCAGUGGAAGGUCGGCGAAAGGCAUUUGGAACAUGUGGCUCCCAUUUGAUAGUGGUGUCUCUUUUUUAUGGCACUGCUAUCUACAUGUACCUGCAACCACCAUCCCCUGCCUCCAAGGACCGGGGAAAGAUGGUAUCCCUUUUCUAUGGAAUCAUCACACCCAUGUUGAACCCCCUUAUAUACACACUUAGGAACAAAGAUGUAAAGGGAGCAUUUAAGAGGCUGAUUGCAAGGAUUUUCUUAAUCAAGAAAUACCCAAAUGAUAGGCCUUGUUAA